CAUAUUUGCAUAACCAACUGAUCACGUGAGUUUCAGCAACAAUCACUGCAGUAGUGUCACAUCACUCUCUGCUCUCUUGUUUUCAAAGCUUUUUAAAAUCAUUUUAAAGUAUGUCUAUGCAGGCUCGUCACGAGCAGUUGGAUCAGGCUCGGCUACUUGUUGAUCAUCUGAGGUCACAGGCAGAGAUUGAUCGUACUAAAGUAUCCGUCUCAACACAGGCGUUGCUUACUUACAUUCAAGAAAAUGAAAUGGAGGACCCACUAGUUAAUCCGUUAGCUCAAUCGGAUAAUCCUUUUAAGCCAAAGAAUCCUUGUGCCAUCCUCUGAAAGGCCCAGAUUUGAUCCUGGUUUUUAACUAUUAUUAUUAUUGAUUAUUAUUAUUAUGUAAUUGAGUUACACCUCACAAUAUAUAUGUAUUAGACAGAGUGUUUGUUCCACCACAAUAAUCAAAAUAUGCAUAAUUGUUAUUAUUAUUGUUUUUGAAAGUUAACUCUUA